GGAUCUCUGCCCGAGGAGCGGAGCGGCAGAGCGGAGGGACACCGGUACGUGUUCCAAUGCUAUGGGGAGCCGGGAAACAGGAACCGCGGCUACCGGGCCACCGGGACCCCCGAGCCGGGCGGCUCACUGCGGGGACGAGGCGCCUCCAGGCGGCGCAGGGUGUCUCCUCACCGGCCUGGUCAGCUGGAGGCAGAGACCGUGCAGGACUUCAGCCCUGUUUGCUGCAGCCAACGCGGUGAUCUGGUUCGUGGCCUUCAGCUCCUUCAGAACCUGCAGCCUCACGGCCGUCCUGCUGGCUCUGCUGGUCGUCACCGCGACCGCCAGAGACUUUGCUCGGUCCAGAUCCACAGGAGCUCACUUGUGGCGCAGCAUGACGGCAAGCUGGGAGAUCAUUGACUCAAGUCAGGACAGCCAGUCUGGGACUGGACGUCAGCUCAGCAACUCCAUCAAAAUCUUCCUCCAGGAGACAUCGGCUUUCAAACAGCAAAACCCUGGCAAGUUCUGCCUGCUGGUUUGCAGUUUAUGCACCUUCUUUGCUGUCUUAGGACGCUACAUUCCAGGGAUUCUUAUCUCAUAUAUUGUUGUGCUAGGCAUUUUCCUGUGGCCUCUGAUCUCAUUUCACGAGGUUGGUUUGUGGCUGGAGCCAGUUCUGCAGAAGCUGGACUUUGGCAUCGGGGAGUUCCUUCAGAAAAUCAAAGAGAACCAUGAGAAGAGAAUCAUGCAGGCUCAGACUGAGAGAGAAGGCAUCGAGUCGGACCUCUCCUCCAUGUUUCCCAAGCUCGACUCCACAGUCUGUAAGGAAAUGUCUCUGUCGGACACUGAGGUGUCUGAUGUGACGUGGACGGACAACGGCACUUUUAACCUGUCGGAAGGAAACACACCUCAGACUGAGAACUCAGAGGACCUCGACAGAGAAGAGGCGUUCACUGGAGGCCUUCCAGAAUUCCCCUCACUUGACAACGGUGCAACGACCAACGGUGACGACGACGAUGACUUCAGCCUCGGCCUUUCCUCGCCUCCCCCUCAGCUGCCGAUCAAAUCCAAGCAUACGCCCUCUCCUCACAAAGACCAACCCGCCGACAGAGCCCUGGAAUUGGUCAAUCAGAUGGCGGGCGACUUCAUCGCCGCCGCCGUCACAGCCGCCAUGCAGGAGAGAAUAGAAGCGGCCGUUGGCUUCUCGGCGCUGAGCUCCGACUCUGAGCGGUCAAGACUCCCAGAUACCACCAGGCUGCUGGAGCUGGCGGAGGAGUCGGACAGCGACGUGGAGGACUUUGAGCUGCUGGACCAGUCGGAGCUGGAGCAACUGGAGGGGGAGCUGGGGCUGGGAGAGGCGAAGGCCCAGGCCAAAGAGGAGGCCCAGGCCAAGAGUGACAAGCCGGCCUCUCCUGGAUUCUUCUCCAAACUCCUGAGUCGCCACUGAUCGAUGAAGAGUACAAUCUGCAUGGGAAGGAGGAGGGCUAGAGGACAUGUGGAGGGGAGGCCGGGGUUGUUCUGGUCACAGAAGGGGGGGUUGUGAGAAAACAAUGUUUCCAUUAUCUUCUUUUUUUUUUCCUGUAGUGCUAACAUCAACCAUUCAAAACAGUUUGUCAAAAAGAAAUGCAGUCGGAAGUUACUUUAAUCAGAUCAUCUCAUCCUAAUGCCGAGAUCAGACUACAUGAUAUCAACCAGAUAAUGACCCGACCCGACAAUAAAACUACUAAUGAGGCACCUGGGACACCGCACUGCGAGGUGUUGGUGUGAGCGAGAGGAAACAAAAGUGAAAAUAAUUCACUGUAGACCUUGGAGGGGGCUUUUGCCUGUGCAAUCUGCACGUCACUGCACAUUUAUUUAUUUAUCUAUUUAUUUUUUCAACAUUUAUUUGGUCCCUUGUUGUGCACCCUCUACAGUUCUUUGCCUGUACUGCCCAGCAGCCAGGUCAGAGCAUAUUUGAUCAGCCUACUGGUCCAUAAUUGUCCAUGACCAUCACGAUAUAUACGAACACAUCGUGUAGUCUGAUCCCGGCACCAAUAGUUGUUGAUGGUUUUAGGACUUUCGGGCUGGUUUUGGUUCUAAUCAAUUCCUGUAGUUACAUUUGUCUUUUCAAAGCAAUUUUUAUCACCUAAUCAAAUUGUUUAGAUCAAUUUAGCAUUUCUAAAUAGUAUACAAACACUUAUUAAGUGUUGUUAAGACACUAUAAGUUAUUUGUAAGCAAAUAAGGACAUUUGUGGACAACUAUGACUAUAAUAGUCAGGGUUUAAUGGUUCUGAGACCGAAACCGUGACACCGUGUAUAAUUAAUAGAAUACAAUUAGCAAUUGAAAUAUAAUUUAAAAUGUCAUAUUUUAUAUUGAAAUCAAAUAUGCAUACAUACUUUAUAUGAUUACAGUUAUGUUGUAUUGUUUUAUCAAUCAUUAAUUAUCUGUUCAUGCACUAAAAAUGCAUUAAAAUGUCUUUAUAUCUGCUUACAACUAAAUGUGUUAUAAACCGUUUAAUAACUAUGUAUUGCUUAUAAAUGCUUAUAAUACAUUUGUCUCUGGUUUAGUCACAAACUAUUAAAAACUGAUAUUGAUCUUCUCAACAACCUAAGAUGAUGAGUAACAAGAAAACUUCCUAAAAUACUGAACCGUUCACACAUAGACUUAAAUGCUUCCAAACAGACUUUUGCUCUAAUUGUAAACCAAGCCUAAAUACAUCCCAAAAAGGCAUCGGGGAGACGAGUAUAACUGCAGCAAAAUGCACAUUUUACGAGUAAAAAAAGAAGAAAACCAUCGUGUUACAUAUUAUUAAUAUAUAUUAUAACUGACUGCCUUCAGUUUCAAAACCCCCCAGUAACAGCUGCUACAAUGUAGACAGCUCACAAAACUCACUUUCACACCAAAUUGAUUCAUCCAACUACAUUACCCAGAAUUCAACAGGAAUUUGUAGACAAUCACUUGGCAAUCAAAACUCAUUUUAAUGCUCAAAAUAUGUACUACUGGUUGGAUGGUUGACUAUGAGGAUUAAAACGUAGGAAACCUUUUUUUUAUUUCCUUUUUUUUAAAUUUUAUAUAAAAAUGUAUGUAUUAGAGGAACUUUUAUUUUAUAACAACAUGCAGCAGUUCUCAAAUACUAUGCAUGGACAUUUUGAGACAAACAUAUUUAAACAAUAAAAAACCUUUUACUUUCAGUGCUUCCAUGAAUCUCACAUGGGUCAUUGUGGUUGACUUUGCAUUUGGAUCAUCCUCUAACUCAAAAUUGCAAACUAAAUUUAACAAACUCGUAGCUUGCUGACCAGUUUGCCUUCAGCUGAGAGGCUCAGUUAACGGUGAUUGAUGUUUUUCAGAGAUAUAUUCUCCCAACAAUAAAGUUUUGGGCUUUAGAGUCUGAGAUCAUGGGUGAAAAGGCGCCAGGGGUGGAUGAGAUGAGGCCUGAGAUGAGGCUCUGGACCUUGUUGGUACUGUGCCGGAAAACGAUGGAUUGCGCCCUCCGGGUUGAAGGGAGUUCAAGUAACCUGGGUUCACGAGCGAGGUUAUAAUGGAGCGGGAGAUGGACGGGCGAUAUUCGGUGCGGGGUCAGCAGAGAUGGACCGUUGAGCCCGAAGGCAAAGCUCUUGAUUUACCAGUCCGACCCUCACCUAAGGUCAUGAGCUUUGGGUAGUACGAGAGGUUAAGAGGUUGAGUUGGUUCCAUUACAUGUUUACGAUGCUAGUGAAGCAUUGGACACUUUGGUGUUGGACGAGACCUGCAGCAACAGAACGGGAUUCUACCCGAGUGGGUUUGACUAAAUAUUAUUAAGUUGGACUGACUCAAGUCCGUCGUCAAAUCUCUGCUACAAGUAAACAGGUGAACCCUUGAAGACCUCUGUUCCUCACAUCAUAGGAUGAUCCAAAAAGUCAAGAGUUCAAAUAAAGUUUUAGUGCACUGAAAGUUGAAUGUUAUCAGAUGGCUUAUUUCCAUUUGCACCUUAAUGAUUAUUUAACGAUGCAUCGAUGUAGGGCAUUCUGCUGCAAUCAUGGAUUCACAGAAUGAAGACGAAGUGUGACUGAACUGUUUCUGUGUCAUGCCUUGUACAUUAUAAAUACACUGUUUUCAUGAUAAAGACACAGCAAUGUAUAAUGUAUCCUCUUGAAUGAAUCAUGUAUUGCCUUGUAUUAGCAUAACUCUAACAAUGACAUGUUUGUUUAUCAGUCCCUGAGAGGACUUUGUAGUGGCUGCAGUUCAUUUCUAGCUCUCAUGUGAUAACUGUAUAAGACAAAGAAUAUUCCAACUUCUGAGUAAGAGUUUAUGCAGAGUCAGGCUUCACUGAAUAAAUACCUUUUUUAAUAUUUAGUUAUAAAAUGAUUCAUGUUUUUCAUUUAUCUUCUGGUUGUAUCGUGGUGGCUUCCAUGUAUUUGUCUAAAACUGAAAAGUGUGUUUGAACUUAGUUCCAAAAUAUGUUGGUGGGUCAGAACCAAAAGGCAUUAACAAAAUGUACUUUUAUGUAAUUAAACAAUAAAAUGUUGAAACAG